GUGAUAAUAAUAUUCCGAUUUAAAGGAGAUUAAAGGCUAAUGUUUUGGCUAUAAUCAGUUAUCAAUAAUCAUCUCGCCACAAGGUGACAAAGCACUAUGGGCACAAACCUCGCCCUUAGGGAAUUUUCACAUUUGCCCAUUUUUGUGCUGACACAGACGAAGUGGGCUUUGAAAAAUUGUUGUUGUGUUUUGUUUGUUUGGGCAAUAUGAUCGCGAUUAACCAAAUGUAUCGAUCGCUGCAAUUGGAGCUAAUUAACGGGCUAUGGAAUCUUUACAGAAGAAUAAUGUCACAAGGCGGUGGCACCCCAUCAGCUGGCAAUCCAACCAUCCUGCAUGGCGGCAAGGUCUUCAUUCAGCGCGAUUACAGCGAUGGCACCUCAGUGAAGUUCCAUACAAGGCUGCCCCCUGAGCUGGAGGGAAUGAUUGAACGUCAUGUCUUCGAGGCGACCAUCAAUAGGCUUAACGAAUUUUAUGCCGAGGCGGAGGAGGGUUCGUGUAGCACCUACUGCGAGGGCUGCAUAGGUUGUAUUACGGCGUAUUUGAUAUAUAUGUGCUCCGAGACACAUUACGAAAAGACGCUGCGCAAGAUUUCCAAAUUUGUUGCUUCCCAAAAUGAACGCAUUUACAAUCCAAAGGGUCUGCAAUUGAUUGAUCCAACAUUUCGUGGUCUUCGUGUCAUAGAAAUUACCAUAUUUGAUCGUCCAGGGCGAACGUGACUUCCGCUUUCGCAUUCAGCAAAUGAGUUUUUCAUGUGAGACGUCAGAGAUCCCGGCAACAAAUAUCUGUUUAAUCCAAAAUCAACAGCAACAAAUCAGAAGCCAUUUCGUGUGUUCCCCCAAAAAUCCAAAACUGUGUCGCUAAAGCUUUACAAACAUUUCAAAAUGUGCAAGAAUGCGAUCGAUACUUACAAGGAUGCAAUCUUUAGCAAGUCAGCGCUUGUUUUUCUUGUUUGAAUUUUUUUUUGGAGCACGUGAAUUAGUCAUAAGUAUGCUGUAAUGAUGUCACAGCGGCAGUCAUAAGCGAUAUGUUUAACAAUAUGAUGUGUAGUUGUUAGCCAAGGCAGAGUUUACCCUUAACGAGUUAGUUAGUACGAGUAUUUAUGCGAGUGAGGCGCGUUGCUAGUUAAAUAAGUGAAAAGCUACUGAAACUGCAUUUGGGCUAAAAACCAUAGUUACAUACAGUUACUUAUACAUACAAACUCAUACACACACACACAGACACACACAACACACACACAUUUUGCAUAUGUUAUUGUUUUACUAAUUUAACAAAGUUGUGCGAUAAUUUGUUAAUUUAAUUUCAAAUAUGUAACGCAAUUUACGAUUGCGAUUUUAACUUGAUCUAAAACAUUCUGCUUUAGUGCAAAUACAAAUGUAUAAUUGUAGCACAUACUUACUAAACGAGAAGAAAAUACAAACCAUACCUUUAAAUAGUUAAAAUGCAUAAACUUUUAUAUACAAUACAAAUCUUUAACGAUUUCAAAUAGCGCCAAAUGAACUUAAAUAUAUACAUGUAACCAA